AAAUGCAAGAAGUGAACAAAAUUGAAAGUGUGAAACAAGAAUGGCUUUGCAAGCCAAGAACCGACGACCAGAUUCUUAACGGCACAGAUCAAAAAGGUUGUGAUAUUUUUGUCAAUAACCUUUUUGAAGAAGCUCAGAAAGUUGGCACUAGAUGCACUCAUGAGACAAAAGUUAAAAAUCAAGCCGAUACAACUAUUAAGUUAUGGAAAAAUGGAUUCACUGUGAACGACGGUGAACUCCGAAGCUAUACAGAUGCUGCAAACCAGCGGUUCUUAGAAUCUAUUAAAAAAGGGCAACUGCCUCUUGAGUUGCAGAAGGUAUUUGAUAAAGAAGAGGUAGAUGUGAAAGUGGAUGAUAAGAAGGAUGAAGUGUAUACAUUGAGGAAGCCAGUAUUUCACGCUUUCACUGGACAAGGAUACAGGUUAGGAAGUGCCACACCAAGAAUAAUUUCUAAAGUAAAGCAAGGUGUCGAAGAAACUGAAAAAAGACCUACAGUAGUUCUAAAUACUUCGGAACCCAUCACUAGUGUCCAGAUCUGGUUAGCAGAUGGAACAAGGAUAGUACAAAAAUUUAAUGUUACGCAUAGAAUAAGCCACAUCAGGGACUUCAUAAUAAAUUACCCAGGAUCCCACGGAAGAAGUCCGUUCACUCUAACCACGUCGCUUCCAUUUCGAGAGUUACUGGACGAAUCUCUCACGCUGGAGGAAGCUCAUUUAAAAAAUGUGGUUGUUGUUCAGAGACUCAAAAAGAGUAUGGAGCCUUUCAGGAGCAUGUCCUAGCACCAUUUGUCAGGAUCACUGAUGUUACAUCAUGAAGAGGGAGCUGCUGCUGCCGCUGAACACUCUCAGGAAACAAGAGGGG